UUCAUUCCCCUUGUAAUUUUUGGUUCUCUUGGCCCUUUAUUGUUCUCAACAGACGCGUAUCGACAUUCUAUCCCGUCUGCCACGCCGUCCCCCUCCACCUCUCAAUUCAGCUUUAAUGAAGCGCAUCAUACACAACACUCCUACGCACCAAGUUCGAAUACUCGCGCGGACCACCAUCAACAUCAAACCACUGCACCGCCCGUUCACCAUCGUCACUUUGCCGACCCUAGCUGUUCGCCGAGCAAUAAUACGACCGCAGGCGGUGGAAAUAACUACACUAGUUCACCGUUUGCGCCUCCCCAUCAACUUCACUCGGAUCAGAGCCCGGGAAAUUUGAACGAAAAGCCGGGGCUCAUGCAUCAACAUUCGACAAGCUCCGCCGGGUCCGGAAAUAGUUUUGGAUCAACGUCGAGUAGCAGUACAACCAGUGGAGGUGGAAUCCUCAAUGGCGUCACGAGUAGUUCACACUCACCACUGUUGUCAGAUCGGGGCUCCACCUCAAUACCCAGUCUUUCCGCACUUCCGAUUUAUCCUUCCCAUUCGCAAGGACACGGUCAUGGACAUUCGCCUCACCACACAUUACAGCAUUUCUCGCAUCAUGGAGGCCCAUCGCCACACAGCGGCAAUCAGCAUCAGCUUGCGGGGAGGUUACCUCCGCCCCCUACCCCGACUUCACUACUGAGUGCUCCGCAGCAGACUUUAAGCCAUUCACCUCAUCAGCCGCAGCAGCAGCUUGGACCAGGCGGUGGUGGUUCAUCGCUCGGAGGGAUUCCGUUGCCUUCUUUGCAUCAGUUUUCACAGUCUGGACCGCUGGGCUUGGGCCUAGGGGGGUUAGGUCAUUUCGGAGCUGGACCUGGUGGUACUGGUGGCUCAUCUGGCCGUUCUGGCGGGAAUGGGGGCGGGAACGUUGGUGGAAGCAGUGACGGCAAUGGUGGGAGUGUGACGUUGCCGAGUUUGUCGUUUGGCGUGGGCGUAGGUGGAAUCAAUGUAUAGUUGGGUAAGACAGGCGGAGAUUCCUUUAUCGUCCGUCCUGUGGUGAUUCGCUACUUCUGCUUUGUUGUGUUAUCCCUUCAGUCCCCUUUCGUCCCCCUCUUUCCUUUCUCGGCUCCUCUUCGGCUUCUCUUUUUCUCAUCCUGGCGUCCUUUCAUCUGUGCGGUUGUUAUGCUGAUUUGGUUUCCCCUUGUUCCGGUCUUCUGCUUUGGAUUGGGUCGUUUGAUGAUCUGGUUUGGUAUUCACGAAAAGGGCAGAGACUGACAGGUC